GCUCAACACAAACCAAACGCAGGAGACACACUGUUCACAAAUCAUGUCCUAUAUGCCUACUUCUUGUCUGGUCUUGUUCUUCCUCUUAUUCUUAUUCCACCCUCUUCCUUGGGCCCUAAGUAAAGAAGACCUAGGGUGGUGUGAGGCUCUGUUUCAGUGUGGUAACAACACUGCUGGUUUUCCCUUCUGGGGUGGGAAUCGUGCCAAACCUUGCGGUCAUCCGUUGCUGGAGCUUCGCUGCCUCAAUAACAUCACCUCUCUAAACAUCUCAAACCAUGAGUACAACGUUUUUCAUAUAGAUCAAACAUCUAAUACUCUUAGACUUGCUAGAACAGACCUUCUAGGUUCUUUUUGUUCCGCUGAAUUCAAUACCCCAACUUUCCCCCGCGAAAUCUUUAAGCUAUUCCCAACUUAUAAGAGCCUCACCGUUUUAUAUAACUGUGAUCCAAAGCUAUCUUACCGCUCAAGUUAUACAUGUCCUGAUCUAGGUCUUUUCUCUAUGUCUCAAAGCCUUGAUUACCAAAAUUCCUGCCAAGACAGUUUCAAAGUUAACGUUCCAACUAGUUUUGUUCCAGAGGAGAAAGAGAUGAAUCUGACCCAUUUGGAAAGUGCUCUAAGAAAAGGUUUUGAAGUGAAGCUGGUGAUCGAUGAGAUACCGUGUCAAGAAUGUUCAUCCAGUCGUGGAAUCUGUGGUUUCAACAGUACCACACAGAUAUGCUGCAACGUAACCUCACUUUCUGGUGGAGUUACUUGCGUACCACAACAUCAACCUAGCGCUGAUGAGCUUAGGCGCCGCUGUAGUGAACGGUUUAGCUGCGGCAAUCAGAGAAAUCUCUAUUACCCCUUUUGGAUACCUGGUCGAGAAUAUUGUGGCCACCCUGACUUCAAGCUUGACUGUAGCGGAGGAUUCGCAGAGCUUAACAUAGCCUCCGUGAAUUUCAGAAUCUUAAAUAUGAGUUAUGACUCUUCUAACAAAAGACUUGCCAGAUCAGACUAUCUCAACGAUCUUUGUCCCCCAAACCCACUAAAUGAUGAGCCUCUCAUCGAAACAGUCCUUCAAUUCAGUGCUGACACAGAGUUGCUAACAUUAUAUUACGACUGCCAACUUAAUUCAUCUGCUACUUCUCCUUUUCCUAGUAGCUACUUUGGAGAGCUUGGUUGUGAUGAGGGAAGAAGUUACUAUGUAACGAGAAACCUCUCAUCUCCUUUACUUGACAGGUUUAGAGGAGUUUUAAACAACUUAAGAGAAAUGUGCAAAAGAAAAGUCAGUGUUCCUGCGUCUGGACCGGCGUUAAACACACUUCAGACAAAUCCAAAUUCAAACAAUCUAAAGAUGGCUCUUGAACAUGGUUUUGAGCUUCAAGAUAACUCAAAUUGUUCUAUGUGUGUUUUGUCUGGCGGUUCUUGUGGAUAUAAUCAGAACUCAAGUUUGUUUGUAUGUUAUUGUAAAGAUGGGCCGCAAGAUAACCAAUGCGAUAUAAACCUAGAUGAUAUUAUCGGGAAUCGAAUAGUGGCUAUUAUCAUCGGCAUUUUCGUAGCUUUGUGUACAAUAGGAGGUUUCAUUGCUUUCCUUGUAUUAUUGUGCCCUUGUUGCAAAGUCCGAAUUUUCCGGAAUAGAAAAACAUCAGAUGAUCGGAGACAAGAGAAGCUAAAGGCCCUUAUUCCACUCAAACAUUAUACUUAUGCACAAGUAAAGAGAAUGACAAAGUCAUUUGCGGAAGUGGUUGGGAGAGGCGGGUUUGGAAUAGUUUAUAGAGGAACUCUUUGUGAUGGCCGUAUGGUUGCGGUGAAGGUCUUGAAAGAAUCAAAGGGUAAUAAUAGCGAAGACUUUAUAAAUGAAGUUUCUAGCAUGAGCCAAACAUCUCAUGUCAACAUUGUUUCUCUUCUUGGAUUCUGCUCUGAAGGUUCAAGAAGAGCUAUUAUAUAUGAAUUUUUGGAGAAUGGGUCACUCGAUAAGUUCAUCUCGGAAAAGACUUCAGUGAUUUUGGACUUGACGGCACUGUAUGGGAUCGCGCUAGGCGUUGCUCGUGGUCUAGAGUACUUGCAUUAUGGCUGCAAAACGAGGAUUGUGCAUUUCGACAUUAAACCUCAAAACGUUUUGUUGGAUGAUAAUCUUUCCCCGAAAGUUUCUGAUUUCGGACUUGCUAAACUAUGCGAGAAGAAAGAGAGUGUCAUGUCAUUGAUGGAUACAAGAGGUACAAUAGGAUACAUUGCACCAGAGAUGAUCUCUCGAGUUUAUGGGAGUGUUUCUCACAAGUCAGAUGUGUAUAGCUACGGAAUGUUGGUCUUCGAAAUGAUAGGUGCAAGGAAGAAAGAACGAUUUGGUCAAAACUCUGCGAACGGAAGUUCAAUGUACUUUCCAGAAUGGAUAUAUAAGGAUCUUGAGAAGGCAGACAAUGGGGAUCUUGAGCAUAUCGAGAUUGGAAUCAGCAGCGAGGAAGAGGAGAUAGCAAAGAAGAUGACAUUGGUGGGUUUGUGGUGUAUUCAGUCUUCCCCAUCAGAUCGUCCACCGAUGAACAAAGUUGUAGAGAUGAUGGAAGGAAGUUUGGAUGCUCUUGAAGUUCCACCUAGACCUGUUUUGCAGCAAAUUCAUGUAGGACCUCUUCUUGAAUCUUCUUGGAUUACUGAGGAAAGUUCAAGCAUCUCCGAGAUUGAAAAUAGGAAUCUUCAAGUUUGUGAAAAAAUAUUGUCUUGA